AUGGAAACAAUAUAUACAAGGCAAAUUUCAGGCAACGUUCCUGGUCCCUCGGGCUCUGCAACUCCAAGUGGUUAUAAAUAUUCAAGGUACAAUAGAAGCGGUUACACAUCACCCGGUGGUUAUUCAAACUAUAGUGCUGGAACUGCUGAUCGAGUCGGCUGUCUUGCUUCUGUUAGAAUGACUGCUUGGGCAAAAGUUACAAGAUUCACACGGCGUCUCGUUCGCUUCAGGCAAAUGGAUUUUGAAUUUGCUGCUUGGCAAAUGCUUUAUUUAUUGGUUCAGCCACAGAAAGUCUAUCGAAACUUUCUUUACCGCAAAAGGACCAAGGAUCAAUUUGCCCGUGAUGACCCAGCUUUUUUGGUUCUUCUUGCUGCUUCGUUGUUGAUUACGUCGGUGCUCUAUGCGGUUUGUUUGGGUCUCUCGACGUGGGGCUUCAUCAAGUUCUUCUUGUGGGUUGUGGCGGUUGAUUGCUUAAUCGCUGGUGCUAUCGUAGCAACAUGUCUUUGGUUUAUUUCCAACCGAUGGUUACGCAAAGUGAAUGAUCAAGAUGUUGAAUGGGGUUAUUGCUUUGACGUUCAUCUAAACGCAUUCUUUCCGUUUUUGAUCCUCGUCCACGUAUUGCUGCCUCUAAUUUAUCCACCGUUGAUCAAUUCGCCAACUUUUAUGGCUCGAUUUUUUGGCAAUGCCGUAUGGUUUUCAGCGGGAAUUUACUAUGUCUAUAUCACAUUCCUUGGAUAUACAGCACUUCCACAUCUCAAAAACACUCAUUUCUUCCUUUAUCCGAUGAGCUUUCUCUUCAUGAUGUACAUUGCUACAGUGACCGCCGGUUGGAACAUUUCACAAACGGCCAUGUCAUUCUACCAUGCUCGUGCGGAAACACACAACGCCAACCCUGGAAAUCUGUAUCCAGAACUGAAUAAGCGCGCUUUG